CGAUAACAAGCUUACGUACAGCUACAGCUGAUUGCAAACUGCAUUUUCUGGGGCGGCGUUUAUUUACAUUUUAUACGUGCGUGCGCCCAAUGCACUAAAGGCAUUGCAAACGCGAAAUUCACGCCCAGUUAACGACCAGCGCACAGGCCUUGAAGUAGAGUUUGUCAGCAGUGUGCGGGGAGGGAAAUCACAUCUAUAACACAUACUAAACUAUGACGAUUGAUGCCACCACUUUGCCGUCAGAGCUGCUCGUAAUACCACAACCGCUGAUAGGUUUCUGUGGCUUGGAUAUCGCGAACCAGAGUGUGCACAAAUCCAUUUGGGAUGCGUUCAGCGGCACCCUACAACGGAAGCCAGCGGACAGGGAGAGGGACCGCGCUGCCGUGCAAUAUAAGCUACUGCCUCCGAACUAUGAGUUUCCAGUCGCCAAGCCGAAACGCGCAUCCUACGAGUGGUACCAUCCAAAGGGAAUACUUAAGCGUAAUUGGAUGUUAAAGCAUCUCCAUGUCUUGCCAUCGGUCGUGGUGCUGUUUCAGGACAUCGAAUGGAACGACAGCCAGUGGACAGAGAAACAAGUGCAAUGCGCGGCAAUUGUGCAAGGCCUAAAGAAUGCUUUACAAGAACGUAAUACAAGGCUGUGCCUGGUGCUCCUCCAGAAGUCAGCACCACUCCCUCCUGGCGAGGAUAUGCUGGCGGCUGAGCGCGCUGCCAGUCUAACCACCGCUUGUGGCAUUACCAGCAAAAUGCUGUUCAUAUUGCCACACACGGAGCAUCUGAUGGGGUACACGCAGCGCCUGGAGUCAGCGUUUUUGGACAUGGCUCAGUCCUACUAUGCACUUAUGUCCAAACGAAUACGUACGCACCGCGAUCAGCUCUCGGCGGCGCACACCACACUCAAGAUACGCCAUCAGUAUAAGCUUGGAUUUGUCGCAGAGAUCAGGCAGGACUUUAGCACGGCACAAAAACACUAUUUUCAGGCCUAUGGAAACUUGGAUGAGAUACUAAUCACUGACGCCAAUUGUAUGGAAAUAAAAACUGUGGCCGGCUUUCUCAACUAUAAGAUGUGUCGAUUAAUGUUUAAGUUGAAAACACCAAGGGAUUCCAUCAAUCAGUUUAUUAUACAUGUUGAGAAAUACAAAAAUUGCGUGGGCUUCAAGGAUCUAGCCUUUGAGCAUCACGCUUGGCUAAGUACGCAACACUCUGUCUUCGCGGAACUCUUCUGUGAGGCCAUCAAGAAUGGUUUGCCUGCACUUCAGACCCAGCAUCCGGGCAUUUACUUCCAAAAGGCCGCUGAGUAUGUGAUCAAGCGACGCGAGGCUGCCCAACAGGCCAGUGCCACGCUCUUAAGUACGAGCUCAACGAACCCAAUGCCAACGCCGAGUCAAACGCAGUCCAGUUUAUACACCGAGUUUUUUGGCGUACGUGCAGUGAAGACGGGUGAUCCAGUUGCCGAGCAGCUGGCGAAUGUGCAGCUGUGCGAGCUGGAAUGCAACUAUAACCACUCAUCGGCUAUUAUAGCGCUGCUUAGUCAGGCCAUGGCGCAGUUUAAGAUUUACAAGUGCUUGAGAUUUCGCAAAAAACUAGCUAUUGACAUGGCUGAGGAGUAUCUGCGCAGUGGCGAUCAUGCCAAGGCAUUAACUCUGUACUCCUUAAUGCUGCCCGACUACCGUCAGGAGAAAUGGUCGACCAUUUUCAGUGACGUGCUGCUAAAGACGCUACGCUGUGCGCUGCUCUCCGCUUCAGUGGCCGAUUACAUAGCAUGCAGUAUUGAGGCGCUGUCGCUGCGUCAUCAUGGCGAGCAAAAGGAGCGCGUGCUGCUGCUGGAGAACUUAUGGCAAGUCUUUCAGAGCGUGCCACCUAUGCCACAAACUCAAUUAACACCCGAGAUUCAAGAGCUGUGGAGCAACGCACUGGCCAGCGUAAAAUCGCCCAUACAAAUAGAUUUGGAUAAGGUUAGCGAUGUGCUGGAGCUGUGUGCAACAUUCCAACAAGUUCAACUUAAUAACAACGAUGUGCUGCAGCUGCAUUUGAUAGUGCGCGUUUUGACUGAUGUGCCGCUGCGCAUACGCAGCUUCCAGGUGCUGCUCGCCGAUGCCAGUAAUCCGCAAAACAGCUAUAAACUGGAGGCGCUUAAGUAUUUAUGCUUUCCCAGUCUGCUGCAGCUGCGUGCCCAGCAGCAGCAGCAUCUGGAAAAGGAGCACUUGGAACCAAAAACGUAUGAAAAGAACAAGCGAUUAGAGCCCGGCUGUUACUAUCAGCUCCUGUGCAGCACGGAGGCGCAGCAGUUCAAUGAGAACACACAACUGCGUAUCGUGCGCCUGGAGGCGCUUAUGGGCACCGAUCAAAUUGGCGCAUUGCUAACAUGCAGCGCCAACUAUGCACGCCAGCCAUUCCGGCAUCACACACGCAGUCGCGAUCUGGAUGAUAAUGUGACAAUAAAUCCCAUUUGCUAUAUUGCGCCCACCUUCCAUUUGAGCACUCAAACCAACCUUGGCCAUGUGCUGAGCGAUGGACCCACAGGCGCCGCAGCGACAACAACAACAACAAUGCUGGUCAAUGAGUACUAUCCAGUGGUGAUCACCAUUAGCAAUCCGUAUAAUGUCUAUCUACAGAAUGUGGGCGUGCACAUCAGCGUUCCGUUGGAGCUGCGCAAUAGCGUUUUUCUCACCACAGACGUUUCGUCUGGUCGCCAAAAGCUGCACGCCCAAAUCCAAAUUGAUGUGGGUGAGCUGUCCGGACAUGGCAGCAACGCUGCCACCUUCUACAUCUUUAGCCUGGUGGAGACGGAGAUCAAACUGCAGCAAAGACUCAGCUACACGUUGGAUGUGGAUCGCAGCGCUGGCGCCGGUGGAGCUGCCACAGCCACCCACAGCAUCACGCCCACCAGCACAGAUACAACGCCCGAGCACGUGAAGCUGGUCAGCAACAGCCUGGCGGUCAUAUCGCCGGUUCAGAUUGAGUAUCUGGACGAGACGCGGCUGCGCAAGUCGCGCGAGGAUAUCCUGACCGUGCGCUGUGCCGGCGACUUCAAGUUCAGUGCGCGCUUCUAUACGCUCAACCGUCGGCCAUUGAGCCAGGUCUAUCGCGGCGAGAACUUCCUGCUGCGCGCCAAUACAGAGGUGCUGGCCGUGGAUGAGGUGGAGAUACUCGACAGUUUCUUUAUAUGUGAUCACAAUUUAGUGCAAUCGAAUUACAGUUUUAAGCGCAAAAAGUACACCAACAAGUACAGAGCAGGCGACCAGCUGGAGAGCGUCAUUGUGCUGCGCACAAAUGCCACGCUGCAGGACUGGACGACUGCACGGGAUCUGGAGCGCUCCAAGUCAGAGGAGAGUGUGCCGAAUAAAUUUGUCAGUCGGCAGCAAAAGCCACAGGUGGCAACAGGCCAAGUUGGCGAUGCGCCGUCUCAGGCAACAAAUGCUGCACUGAAUCCCUACAUGAGCGAGAGCCUGCUGGCCAAGAUACCCACAACAAUGACCAUCAUCAAUAACAGCCCGGGCAUGGGUAGCACACUGCAGCUGUCCAAUGCGGGCAUCAUGAGCAACUCGAUCCAUUCCGAUGACGGCAAGCUGACCCUCACAGGCGCCGAGGAUGCCAGCACUGCAUUGCCAGCCGCGGGCCAAGAUGCGCCCAAGAGCAUGCGCGUCAUAUACAACAAAGCGCUCGAGGCGGUCCAGGCAACGGGUCAUUGUCGCGGCUUCAUCAAAGGCGUCUAUACUCUGGACUCGGCAGCAGGUGCGAACGCAACGCCCCGCUUUGGCGUCUUUUGCAUUCGCUGGCGACGAGCUGGUGCCAAGGAAGAAAAUGAAUCCAAGUUUAUUAUAAGUGGCCUUGAUAUAGCGGAGCCGCCGCUCAACAUAUACUGCACCAUCGAGGAGAAGAUGUUCGUUAAAAUGCCCAUGGCAUUCAAGGUGGUGCUCAAGAAUCCCACAAUGCACGUGCUCCAUCUGAUAGCCACGCUGUCCAUCAGCAAAUCGGAUAACUUUAUAUGCUCCGGCCAUAAGCAGCUGGAUGUCUCGAUAAUGGCGUAUGACGAAAAGGAGCUGGUCUACAAUUUGUAUCCGCUGCAGGUGGGCUGGCAGGAGCUGCCAGUGCUGACCCUGGAGUACAACACCAAGGCCGAUCCGCAAAAGCAUGAUGGCCAGAAUGCGUUGCUCGACGAGCUCGUGCAGCGAGCUCUGCCCAAGCGCGUCUUUGUGCUGCCACCGUUGAAGCAGCUGACCAAGUAAAUGUUAUCCCUUAGUUAAAGCGUGUGCAUAUUUAGUUAAUCUAAGUGUUUUAAAGUCCUAAUAUAUCAUUGUGGUAUGUAAAAAAA